UUUUUAUCCACAAUUUUAAUGGUCUCUAUAUAUAUUCAUUAUCAUGAAUAGUUGAUAAAUCGCUUGAAUAAUGAGUUCGCCAGUGUAUUCAUCAACCCAACACCUAUAACAAUACAUUUUUGCCGUGCUUAGUCUAAAGGAUAGAACUAAAUCCUAUUUAUAGUUUUCCUUAUUCCUUCAGUUGUAUUUAUGAGAAUUUUUAUUUCUUUUUAAGUUAUAAUUAUUUCACCAAAAUGGUUUGCACACACAGUGUGUUACGUCUCAGAUAAAAUCUCACUGUUAUUUGCAAUUCCUUCUGAGUUAUCACCACAAAUUCUUUAUUUUGUAAACAGUUGAUUCAGUUUCGUGUAUACCGUUACUGCAAGUGAGGUGACUUGCUGACAAAGCCAUUGAAUUCCGUCACAAAAGAGUUGAAUAAAUUUUCGUUGUUUAAUUAAAUGGUCAGCUAGUACUAUUUUGAUGGUGUGGAUACUUACCUAUUAUGCAAAUCAAUCAGUUGUAUACGUUGUAAAAUUAUUGCAACCCUCCCUUUUGUGACAGAAAGUCGUUAAAAUAUAGUUGUCCUUUACUGUAUGAAAUCCAGUGGGAAGUUUAAUUUUCUCAUUAAUUACCUAUAAUGGUAUAGUUAUUAAAUGUAAAGCCAACGUGGAAAGGAUAGACGAAUUUUCCAACUUCACUUAGUCUUAGUUGCCGUCUUCCUAAGAAAUGUUGAGGGUAGAUAACAGUAGAACGUCAGAACACGACAGUAUUUCGUAGUAGAAUUGCUGUUAGUUGGCAGAAUGAUGUACAGCUAUCAUAUUUAAAAUACUUAAUAAUGAAAUCUCCAUUUGCAGAUGUUCUUCAUACUAUGCUGUGUUGUCUGCUUUUAAUCCUUUCUAUAUUGUUGCACAAGUAUCUUUCGUUCCUUCUCUUCGUAACUUAGUCCGUCUCUCACAGAAGAUAACACAUACAACAUACUACUUACAAGUUCUCGUCAGUCAACUUCCCGACUCGAAUGGAUAAUAUUCUAGAUCUUGUGUUCACAAAUGACAUUGGAAUAUUUGAAGCUCGGAAAAGAGCCCCACUACUUAACUCUGAUCACUGCAUCAUAAGAGUAUUGCCCAAGGUAUAUGGAAAGCUGCAAAAAAGGGUCUUCUCCCACCUUGGAAAGAUAACACAACACAGAUGUUAUUCACACGACAACAUACAGAAUCUAAGGACAAUGUUAAAAGACACAAACUGGGACCUGUUUACUGAACAAGCUCUUGACAACACAAUUAGUAACAUGACACAUUAUCUCAAUUUCUGUCUUGAUGUUUGUUGUCCUAAAGAGACAAUCUUCUUAAAGUUCGACCGUUUCGCCUCUUCUCAACUCAAAAAGCUUCGCCGUGAAAAAGAGAGGUUGUACAAAAUGAGAAAUAAAUCUGGCGUUAAGAGAAUGAACACUUUAAUUAAAGCCGAAUUACAAAGACUAAAUGCUCUCUACAACCAGAAGUUUCUUUCAUGUAAAUCCUCAUCUAAUAUGUGGAAGCUAUUAAAGGAAAUCACAGGUGGUAAGCAAAUAAUGAAUGAUACUUCCGUUGAUGUUGAUAUGCUUAAUAAAUCCUUCAUAUGUAUCCCUGCAGAUGUUAUGAUUCCCAAAUCUAAUAGUAUAAAUAAUGACUGCUUCUCAUGUUUUAACACGAAUGAUGUCCUCAAGUGUCUUCAAUCUCUCAAACCUACCCAGUCCCUUGGUCCUGAUGGAGUUCCUGCUGUUAUCCUUAAGAAGUGUGCUGACAUCUUAUGUUACCCAUUAACCGACAUUUUCAAUGAAUCUUCUUCCAAAAGUAUUAUUCCUGACUCAUGGAAAAAUAUCAAGGUUGUUCCAGUGCCCAAAUCAACAAGUGGACCUACUGUCAAGUUUAGACCCAUUGCUAUUACCUCACCUUUUUUAAAAGUUAUGGAAAGACUUAUUUUACUUAAUCUUGAACCCUCUUUAAAGCCUUUUAAUGACCCCAACCAGUUUGCCUAUAAACAUAGUAGGUGUACCUUAGAUGCCGCUGUAGUUCUAUAUCAUAAUAUAGUCUCUAGUUUAGAUAGAGGAGCCAAAUAUGUUCGGUGUGCCUUCCUUGACUACACAUCUGCAUUUGACUCUGUACCUAGGUCUCUCUUGUUAAGUAAGCUUGCUGCAACACAGAGUGAGAGCUGGAUAAAUAAGUGGUUGUAUUCCUACUUUUCUGAUAGGAAGCAGUACACUGUCUACAAUGGAAAGUCCUCCACUACCACACUUACUUUAGCUGGUGUUCCUCAAGGUGCUGUUCUUUCUCCUUUUCUGUUUUCUUUUUUCUUACAUGACUUGCCCCAUUCUGAUGUAGCAAAUUUUGUCAAGUAUGCUGAUGACCUCUCUGUCUCCAUGCCUGUCAACUCUCAGUCAGACUGUUCCAUAUUAAAUAACUUUCUGUCGGAAAUUAGUCAGUGGUCCUCUUCAAACGGUCUUAAGCUGAAUCCGUCUGAAUGUCAGGUAGUAAAUUUUACUUUCAGACGAAAAAGUGACCUUCAACAACUGGCUAGCUCACAUGGUCCCACUAUCAUUGACGGCAUAGAGGUUGAAACUACAUCUAAUGUCAAGUACCUUGGACUGAGUAUUUCCUCCGAUCUCUGCUGGUCCUCUCACAUCUUGCUAGUGACUAGAAAGAUGUUUCGCUUAACGUUCUACGUUAGGAAGUUUAAGCAGUCUGGUAUAAAGCAGUCUUUGCUUUCUCAGUUUGUCAAUUCCUGUAUUCUACCCAUCCCUCUCUACUGCUCCCCAUUAAUCUUCCCUGGACUGCUUAAGAAAGACUUUGCUUCGCUGCAUAGGGCACUAAAAGCUGUUAGUAGGGGAAGUGGGAUUUCGUUAAACCAACUGGUUAACACAAUUGUGGAUAGACAUAUAAUGUCAUGUAAGAAACUGGCGAAUUCUAUAUUGUCAGACCCCGAACACCCUCUCCAUACGCAGCUCUCUCCUUGCAUUUCAUCUGGUAGAACUAGAAGCAACUAUAGGAAGCUAUAUGCCAGGACUACCAAGUAUAAAAACUCCACAAUACCUUAUCUGGCACAGCUGUUGUGUGAUGAGAAAACUGUUAGGUAUGACACGAUCAACUUACUGCGGCACUCUAACAAAUAGUUCCCAUUGGCUUUUGUUCUCCUUUCUUUGUUACUAUUAUAUUGUUGCUCAUAUAUUCUAUUACGAACUAAUUUUAUAUAUCAUAUCCUGUGCUGCAUUGUUUAAAUAUGUGAAUGCAAUGCUGUUCUUUUUUAUUUCUUUUAUUUCUCUUUUUUUCUUUUGUUGUUGUUGCUUUAUAUUUUAAAUCCUUAAAAAUUUAUGAGGUAAUUAGAUGCAAUAUUGUAAUGAACGCUGAAAAUUCCAUACCUGUACCACAAAUACUGUUUGGAAUAAAGCCAUUAUUAUUAUUAUAUCCUAGUAGAAUAGACGGUUUAUGCAUUCUUUCAUACUGCUUUUCGAAUUUAUAAUAUUUCCGACUGAUGUCUGAAUUUAUAAGCAGAAUAGGGGACUCUUCAGUUCGGUGUUAAGAAAGAAACGCAUUACUUAAACAUUACAGAAAUAUUGGCCUCUAUAACUAAAUGAAAAGUGGAAUUAGGACUGAUAUAUCUAUAGAAUAUCAUUAAAAUGAUCUCGAUUUAGAUUUAUACAAUUUA